CGCCCGCUGCCUGCCCUGCCUCCCUCCCCGCGGGCGGCGCCUGUCCUCGCGGCGGUGGCGGCGGAUCCCGUGAGGCGCCAUCGCGGCCCGGCAGAAUGGAGGAAUGGUUUGCCUGACACACAAUACAUUUUCCAGCCUUCACGUUACCUGAGAGGAUGUUUCUCAUGAAUACUUCUCCUUUGGUGGCCCUUCCGAGAAAAUGGGAGCCCUUUCCUCAGUCAAGGAAUUGCAGGUAUCCGGCCUGUUUCUCAGAAUCUGAAGAAGAUCUGGCUAGAACAGCUGUCAAUGCCAAAGUCCAGAUGAUCAUAAGCAAUCUUCAAAGUGAAGAAGUUGCCCUGGGUGCCAGCAGCAAAUAUGGCUGCAUCGUACAGAAGAAACAGAAGGCAGCAAAGGAUAGACGACACAAAUUUAGGAGGAAUGACCAGCUGCUACAGGAACAUAUUAACUAUACCCUUCAUAGCUAUCCCACAGACUCUGAUGGAAUGGACAUGGAAGAGAACACAGAAUUUGGACCUCUCGCCUUGAAUUCUGAUAGUGAUGAUUCUGUUGAUAGAGAUAUAGAGGAAGCCAUUCAAGAGUAUCUGCGAAACAAGGGCCAGAACCUUCCCCCACUACCAAAUAGCACCAAGAGUUUGCCUAUUAAGGAUGCAGGUCAUCCAGUCCAACAGAAAUUUCCUUCACACGAUGCCACUUGUCAUUUAUUUCCUGCUGGUUAUGGUCCAGUCAACUAUGUCAUUCCUGGUCAUGUCGAAGAUAAUGUUGUCCAGUGGGCUUCCUCCCCUUGUAGCGUGAGCAGUGACGACUCUUUCGAACAGAGCAUAAAGGCCGAGAUUGAACAAUUCUUAAAGAAAAAGAAACAGCAAGCAAGCAAGAAGAUCACGAGGAGGAAUAAGCCAUUUCACCAGAAAGAAGAGCUUGAAGAGAAGUUAGCCCUCAGUCAGAAAGGCAGCAUCAACAGAGGGAAUCAAGGUACUUUAAGGCAAAAGGGUAAGGCGUACUUCUCGAAACGGCAUCCCGGACUACAAAGCAUCAGCACGGCUACAUGCCUGAAGUCGAAAACCAGUGAAGAGCCCGCAGUAUGCAAAACAGAAAGGCAAACAGGCUUUUCAACUCCAACAGUUCGUGAUUCCUCCUUUCUGGAAGAAAACCCAAAAAAUAGGAAAAGGCCGAUACUUUGCAACGCUGGGAGAGAGGAAAGAGUCAAAUGUACAGAUUUAUCUGAUUCGAGCAGUGACGACGGGAUCGAAGAAGCUAUUCAGCGUUAUCAGCUUGAGAAGAUGAGGAAAGCUGCAGAGUCCAGGGCAGGCUGCGUUUCUUUGCAGAAGGAAGGGUUCAGCCCCAGCAAGACAGAGAAUAUGCCUCCAAGUGCCUUGCCAGAAAUCCCUCCGAAAGCUCAGCGCUGCAAGAGGAAGGAUGCCAGCACAAAGGCAGCGGUGGCAAACAGGCCCGGCAGGCCUUGUAAUCACCCAGGGAAACGCAGAAGGUAUUCUCCUCCAGAAAACAGUUUUGCCAAAUGCGCAGUCACCUUUCAGGCCUCGUGUCGAGCAGACACGGCUGCCGAAUUGAUGUGUGCAGAAGCCAUACUUGAUAUCUCCAAAACUAUUUUGCCUCUCCCAACAGUAAGUGAUCAUAAACUAUUCUCAACGAGCCCUUCCUUUUCUUCACAGAAUGUGCUCCCUUCCCAGUAUGAAAGCGACAACAAUAUUGUGGACAGCGACGAUAGCAUUGAGCGGGAGAUAAGAGCUUUCUUGGCUGUCAAAGCGAGGACCAAGCAUUUGAUAGCAAAAUCCACUUUCCAAGUGCCUCUGUCAUUGGGGCAGUCCAGGGCGCGGACUCAGAGUCCCAAGAGAACAUUCCCCAAAUGCCUAAAACUGCCACUGACUCCCAAAAAGACACUUAAGAGGAAACGUGAAAUAGUCCCACAGAAUGAAGAGGCACAAUUGAUCUCAGAGGUGGACUAUUUAGAUAAGAAUCUUCCAAUAUCCUCUGUGACCCAACUGAAAAAUGAAAGAACUGGAAAAAUGGUUCCAUAUCCAAAAGGUGCUCGAGCCUCUGUUGAUUCCAUCAGUGUCCCAUGCUCUCACACACCUCAUGAUUCUGGAAGUCUGUUAGAAAGUAUAACACGGGAUCUGCAGAAACACGGGGCAGAUGAUAAAAGCAGCUCAUUUGAUAGCGAUGAGGAUUUGGAUACAGCGAUCAAAGAUCUCCUAAGCUCCAAACGGAAACUAAAGAAAAAAUCCAAAGACCAAAGAACUCACUGCAAAAAGAAAGACCCGUUUGAUGAUGCUGAAAUGCGUAUUUUUUGUAAGAACGAGAGAGACAGCCAGUCCCAAGCUCCCGCCUUGUUAAAAAAGUGUCUUGUAGGUUCCAGGAGAGACAUUAGAGAGGGGAAUGUAAAGAAGGGGCCUCUGAGAAAACCAAAAAGCACCACAGAGUUUGAACCUGAAUGUAAAAAGGAAUAUCAGACCAAACCAGUUUCUGGAACGGAAAUCCAACAGGCCACCAAGGCCGGCCCAUGUCUGUGGGCUGUGACAUCCUUGAUGGAUGAUAGCAGUUCCAUAGACAGUGAUGAUAGCAUUGAAGAAGAAAUCCAAAGGUUCUUGGCUGAAAAGGCGAAAGCCUCUACCGGGACAGGGGGGUUACCAGAUGCCACUGGAGUUGCUGGGACUCUGGGAGCUGAUAAGUUGAAAGCAGAGUGGCAACUACUCGGGCAAGGAAGCCCUGCCUCAGAGAAAGAGGUGGGCAGGUUGGCCCCACCAGGCUAUGAGGGGAGCAGCCGCCGGAGAUGCGCAGGAGAGAGCGAAGGAAACGCAUCUCACCCCAGUGAACAAGCCAGAUCAUUCAUGGGAGACACAGGCAGCCAGGCUCCAGUGGAAAAGCCACCAGGUGCGGACCCAAAGGAGAUGGAACUGCCUCUAAGAAGAGCUGCAGUCCAAAGAAAGGACAUUUGGCAGGACAGGCUAGAUCAAAGGACCCUCUCAUCCGGGAAGGGCAAAGCUGAGGAGCGUUGCAAAUGGCAAAAUUAUUUUAAGGCUGCGCCCUCUUUCAAAAGGUGGUGCUCGCCGGAGUUCAAAAUGUCCAGCCAAUUUCUACCAGGUCUCAAAGGUGGUGAGAAUAAGAAGAAAUCUGAGCUUUUAGGCAAAAGACCACAGGACAUCAGCCUUCCUUUGCUCCACAAGUAUGGAGGGACCUUGGCAGAUCAUUUGUUUGGGGAGGGGUCUCUGCCCAAAGAGAUUGUGAGCUCCAGCACUGAGGCAGGGGUAAGAGAAGCAGACCAGGGUCCCAGGUUCCAGGCAGGAAGUUUGCAUUUCUGCAGGCAGGAAAGGGAUGGCAACACCCAAGAGACCACCCUAACCACUGGAGUGGUGAACCUGGUCAAACACAAUCGUGUGGAAGGCAACGAAAGAGAUGCCAGCCAAAGCCUUCCUUUGCAAAGGCCUGGCGUAGAAGAGACCACGAUUAGCCCAGGCGUAACAAGUGUUGAAGUCCCUGUUAGGAGAGGGAAACCCCUGGAGUACAGCCCCAGUUGGGCAGAGUGUGGAGUUCCCGAAGGCCCUUGUGAUUUAUCCCUGAAAGGAAAGGGGGUCAGCCAAGGUAGGACAGCAGAGGAGCAAGCCCAGGAGCUUCCAGAAGGAGGUUCUGCAGAGUUGGGCCAAUGGAGGAAUGUACCCACUGUCUCCUGAAAACAAAGGAUUCCAGUUCUUAACUUCUUUGUUUUACAGGGUUGGCAUUCUAAAAGGCAACUAAAUUGAAAACUACGUUCUAGCUUAACGCUUCUCGCCCAAAACUUAAUAUCCGUGUUGGAAGAUAAAAUAUACAAAGAGUGGUCCAGGUUCCUACCGCAUUAAGAGCUCAGAUCGUCCCUUUGUGGUGAGCAAUGUAUGCCUAUGAAAAUAAAUGCCUCUUGUCACAGAGGAUUCAUCUGUGUUAGAGAACACGGUCAGGAUGGCAAAGCAACCAAAGUGAUAUUUUAGAGAACCUGAAACUGAAAGGAGAGGCAGUGACUAUAGAGGUACUAUCCAUGAUGCCCACACUUAAAAAAAAUACAUCUCCAAUUACAGUCUACCUAUCCAGCUUUUAUUUUGCCUUUUGAUAAGGAUGCUUUUUUUAAAAAAAAAUACAAAAAGGGCAAUGCUGGAAGGAAAUCUUUAUAUGACAAUUUAUACAGCAUGCUUAACUGGUUAUUGUGGAUUUUCAUAGCCGAUGAAUACAGUCCCUGUGUUUUCAGGCCAUUUUGUAGUAAGCCUUCCAGGUCUCUUCCCUCCAGCCUUCCUGGCCCCAGCUUGCAAGAUUUGGAGAGACAAGAAUAUUAGGGGAGCCAGUUGAACAAAAGACCCUCGGGUGGGAUAGAAAAGGAAUGCUAGAAUUGAAGUCCUCUCUUACCCUCUUAAAGCAGUUAUCAGCAGUGGAGGAAAUGUUACAAAAGAGGCAGAACAGUUAAUACCAAUGGGCCACUUGUAAAAACAAGUUUUUUUAAAAAAACAAUGUGUUUUUAUAACUGAAAGUCAUACAGAUUUUUUUAAAAGAAUCACAUAGAAGCCCCUUUUCUGUUCUGGAAACUUCCUUCAGUUCAAAAUAACCAGCAUCCUUGAUAAUGCCAAAGGAAGGGGAUAAUGCCAAGACUGGAAGCCCCUUUUUCUUUCAGAUUCU